GGUGUCUGUCUGUGAAGGGGUGGAGCUGGCGGGGAGGGGGGCCGCGGGGGAGGGACCGAACACAGGUCUCCCCACACAGCUCUGGUAGCCACAUUUGCAGACUGGUCUGUCUGUCCAGAACCUGCUCCCACCUCAGGUCAAGGCUGACAGUGAGCUGCACAAUGGGCUCAGAGCUGGAGACGGCGAUGGAGACUCUCAUCAACGUGUUCCACGCCCACUCGGGCAAAGAGGGAGACAAGUACAAGCUGAGCAAGAAGGAGCUAAAAGAGCUGCUGCAGACCGAGCUCUCUGGCUUCCUGGACGCCCAGAAGGAUGCAGACGCUGUGGACAAGGUGAUGAAAGAGCUAGACGAGAAUGGAGAUGGGGAGGUGGACUUCCAAGAGUAUGUGGUGCUGGUGGCUGCCCUCACAGUGGCCUGUAACAACUUUUUCUGGGAGAACAGUUGAGCAGACAGCCCCAGGGGGCAGUGCCCUUCCCCUUCUCCCUGCUUCCCCCUUACCCCAUUUUUCCCUUCCUACUCUCCUACCCUUGUCCACCCUCCACCGAGGGCACAAGAGUAGUGGGCCCGGCCUGCAACUCAUCUUUAAUUAAAGGCUCUUCUGUCGCCA